AGCGCACCGCCGCUACACGUCGCUACUGGCAGUGUUAUGGCGCCACACGCUGGCGCGUGCAGCCGCCGGGCGGCAAGUCGGCAGCACCUGAGCAGGGCCUCCUGCACACGGCGCCGCCGGCCCCUCCAGGGAGGCCGCGGUUCGCCUCGGACAUCGCCAAACAGGCACCCGCUGGGCUCCACCGAAUGGAUCCGCUUCCCCGCCCAGCGGGCCGGGCAACGAAGGCGACAAAAAAAAUGGCAACGUGGACGCGCAGCGGCGCACAAACCCGCGGCGCAGCAUUCCGCGAUGGCGGGCCCAAAGCCACCGCGGGCACCCCGCGGAGGCGCACGGCGCACUCGCAGCAGUCGGCGCGCCGCCGCGGCGCCAAGCUUGUAGCCAGUCAGGCUGGCAAGGGCUGA